CGAGACGCUCGACUACUUCCGCGUGAGGACAACUAAACAACAACGAUGGCGGGUUUAUUGAAAACAUCUGUGAUAAUAUUAAUAGCUGCCAUAGCGAUGUAUUUCGCCGAUCAGUACUUCAGUGGUGGUGUAUGCAAGAGUGAGGCGCGACUCGAUGGCAAAACUGUCAUAGUGACUGGAGGCAAUACAGGAAUAGGCAAAGAAACUGCAAUUGACUUGGCAGCAAGAGGUGCAAAGGUCAUCAUUGCCUGUCGUAGCAGGGAGAGGGGCGAGAAGGCUGUUUUAGAGAUUAAAAGAGAAAGUGGAAGUGAAGAGGUGUAUCUGCAAAUGCUAGAUUUAGCAUCUUUCAAGUCAGUACGUGCAUUUGCUAAACGAAUCCUUGAAACAGAAUCAAGAUUGGAUGUCUUGAUAAACAAUGCUGGCAUUUAUUUUGCUGGUUCUGGUGGACUACAAAGGACUGAAGAUGGUUACGAAAGGCACUUCCAAGUUAAUCAUCUUGGGCAUUUCCUACUGACAGAACUACUUCUGGACUUGCUGAAAAAGUCUGCACCUAGCAGAAUAAUAAAUGUAUCCUCCCUGGUCUACAUGUGGGCAUCUCCCAAGGAUUUAGACAAUCUUCACAAUGAAACGUCAUAUAUUCGUAGUACUGCAUAUGAGAUAUCAAAGCUUGCUAACAUUGUGCAUGCUAAAGAACUCAGCAGGCGUUACUCUGCCAAAAAUGUCACUGCAUAUUCACUUCAUCCUGGGGUUAUUGCAACAGAAAUAACUCGUUACUUUUUUUAUGAUCAUCCUUAUCUUAAAAAACUUUGGGAGAUAAUCAAGCCUUUGAGAAUGAUAUUCUUUAAAACCUCUAAAGAAGGUGCACAGACAACCAUAUGCUUGGCUGUUUCAGAGGGUAUAGAGAAGUAUUCUGGUAGCUACUUUGCAGAUUGUGAAAUCACACCCUUGUCUCCAAUUGCAGAUGACAAGAAAUUCACAGACAAACUAUGGAAAUACAGCAUGGAAGCUACAAAAUUAGAAUGAGCCACAACUAUUCACCUUUUCUUUGGUAAACAUGAUAUGUGGUUGACUUGGAAAGACCAGUAUUCAAUUAGAAACUCUUAUAAAUGAAUGCAUUUUUGAUUAAAUCCACUUUCUAUUGCUAGCAAUCAGUGUUUUGGGGGUGAGUCAGAAGCACUUUUAAGGCCAAUAUGAUCCAUGAAAAUUUCAGAUUUAUGACUAACAGAUAUUUUCUGCUUUUAGGAGAAAAAUGUUUGUACUCUGUUCAUCAUCAUUGCAAUAUUAAUUUUUUUUCUUGCUGUUUGAAAUCUUUGAACAAAAAUGGUGGUCCCAUCUGACCAAUAAUAAUUGCAUUUAACAAAUAAUUUUAUGUGGAUGUCAUUGUAAUUGAUAAAUUUUACAUCCAGCUUUUGUGAUUGUUCAUAGUUUUCUGUAUAAUCUCAACUGUAUAAAGAAAUAGCAAAGUUAUUGACUAUAAGAAAAAAAUUUUUACUGCAAUAUUUUCAAGACAGGGGUUUGAUUUCCCUUUAGCAGGCAAGCAGUUUGUUUGCCUUCUUAGAAUUAGCAUGCAAUUCUUAAAAUUGAUGAUAUUAGGUAAAAAAGGCCAAGCUAAAAAAGGUUAUAAAGUUUACAUUUAAUGUGGUAUCAAUAUAAACUACCUUGACAAUUUCUGUAGUGUUUCAAUUUCUGUAGCCUGCCUUGAAAUCAUCUGAAUUCAUCUCUUAAAGGUGUCCUUUUCUGAAGUGGAAGCAUUGUUAGAAAGAGAUUGAAAGGACAUUCAUAAAUAACAUAAUUCUAGUUGAUAAAUUUAAAUUAAUAAAACUGAUGAACUAGAAUAAGAUGCAAGGAUGUCUUAAAAUUUUUUUAAAUAAGUAGACGAGGGAUGUGUUUAUUUCUGACCUCUGAGUAAGUGAGUAGAUUAGGUUUGUUUCUUAGCACAAGCCCCCCAUUUCCCAAUCAUUACACCACUUUUUACCGAUAUGAUUUUUCGCUUGGACACUCACCCAAAAAGUCAAAAUAGAGGGGAUAAUUCACUGCGAUUGCGGGGCAUAAAAGGUGUUUGCUGCGAAGGCACGUUGGUAUUUGGCGGGAAAAUUAAGAGACAACAACAUACGACACGUGAGAAGAUUGGUUGUUCAUGGUGGCAGUAUUUUAAUAGGAACAAACGAUUUUAACUUCACUAGCAAGUUAUCUUUUCAAGAAUUUGCUAGCAAAUAAUAAGUUCGCAAUUGUACGUUUGCGGAAUAUAAAAGCUGGAAAUAAAAUCGCAAAAGGAUCUCGUCUUUGGCCUUUGGAAACCAAAUGAGUUUAAUUCUUGUGCAGAAUUCAUGAGAAAAAUCGAUAAAAGUCCACUAUUACAUAACUUGAAUAUGGAAGUACAGGAAAAUAUCUUAAAGUGUCCACUCUUUGAAAAAAAUAGUGGUGAAAUGGGACAAAACAUGUUUAACCGAGGCAACAACUGUCGCAAACGGCAACGGAUUACAGAUGAAAACGACCAUGAUAGUUU